AUGCUCCAUACAUAUGGUGCAGACUUGGACAAUGGCGCCGACAUACAGAACGAUGGGGAGGAGCGCGGCCGGAGCAAACUCGCGCCGCCGCUACAGCUACCGAAGAACCGGAGCACUGGAAACCUGGCGCUAGCGACGAGAGACAGCCCCGAGAAAGCCCGAAUCCGCUUCUCCUUCGACGCUGGCACGGCAGCAGCUGAAUAUGAUGCCAUCACAAGGUCCCCUAUUACGACGGACCAUAACCAUGGCCUGGGGUUGUCUGGCCUCGGACGGAUCCGACAACACCCAUCUCGGACGCCCACGAUCCCAUCCCAGCCCGCAAGCCGAAGCCCUUCAUUGGGCCCUACCCGCUCAGCCUCGCUGACCAUGAUGAUCGACCACCGCAGCCAUACCAUGCCCGUGUCUCCGGGUCCUGCUUCCCCGGUCUUCACCGAGGACCUAUCGAGAUUCCCCUCCGAGUCCCUACACUCGUUCUCUUUUGCGCACCAAUCCGAAGAGUUGAUCCACAACAGGCAGAAUCUGCUGAAACGAUCGAUAGAGUUCAUGAAGGACCGCCUGGGGUGGUCGGCCGGCCAGGACGUCGCCAUGGCAAGUGCACAGGCGCGGGCCACAGGGGACCUCGAGAUGCAAGGCGUGCUCGACCUGCUAGCUAGAGCCCAGAUCGUCGGGGCAGGGACCCUUCCGAAUCCGACCGCCAGCAAUCUCCAAGGCUCUCUGACCGGCUCUCUGACCGGUCCGCCAGAUAUGUCGGGCGAAAAUGUGUUUGAGAAGGAGUUCAUUCCCAGGACCGCGAGCCCAGAGUUGGUAGACGACGAACAUUUGGUCUUGCCACCGGUUGCCAAGCGCGUGGCUUUCCCGGGGAGUAUGGACACCUCGCAAUCCGACGCAAGCGCUCAACAACACUCCCUCUCGCUCCCAAGAGCCGUUCUCGACGCAUCGAGUACCACGGCGGCACAGGCAUCUCCGCCGUCGCGGAGGCCCACCAACCUCAAGCGGACACUGACGGAUACCGGACAUGUAUCCAUGCAGAAAAAGCUCAUAGACACAAUGGCAAAGCCGUUCCUCGAAGGGGGCUCAAUUCAACCACAAGUUGCUCCCACGACCUCCACGCAGUCCUUCUCAUCUUCCUUCAACCCCCCGAGCACAUUGUCCUCUGCCGUUCUCGGCCACUCGGCAAGGUGGGUGCCGGCAGCACAAGCGAUAUUCACUACCAAGGCCAAGCCCCCUUACACGAUUCUGGCUGCAAAUGAUCUUGCCUGCCUGGUGUUCGGAGUCACCAAGGCCGAAGUCCGGAAGAUGGGAAUAAUGGAGGUCGUCCAAGAAGAGAGGAGAGCCUGGCUGGAAAGGAAACUUCAAGGGGGGCAUUCCGAAGACGCCGGCGACGGGUCAGAAAGCGAGAUCGCGCAGCCGACACCUGUCGUCCAAGCGUCAAAACUGCUGGGGGCACGCGCUGGUGGGAUUACCUCCAAGUUGUUAAGCAAGCCGAACUCGCGGUCCGUCACUCCAAACAGUGCCCCGGCGGAGAGGCGUGCUGCGACUGUUCACAGCGGAGAUGCCAAGUCGCCGAAGACGUCACAUCACAACAAUAAAAAGUCGAGGGGCGUGCUGUUGUGCGGGGAUGUGGUGCCGAUCCGGAAGCGCAACGGCGCGACGGGAUCUGCGAGCCUAUGGGUGAAGGAGAAGCGGUUUGGGCUGAUAUGGGUCUUGGAGGAGAUCCAUGAGGAUAUUGCCUUCCUGACCCUCGACGAUGAGGGCCUGGUCACGAAGGUCUCGGGCGCGUUGGGGCCGAUCUGGGGCGACGAAAACAUGCAGCCCGGCAUCGAUAUCGGGAGGCUUGUGCCACGCAUUCCUCGCCAGGGGAUAGAUUCCCGGUUUGGCGAGAUCGACUACGCCCAAGUUUCCAGGAAAAAGUAUUUCACCUGCCGCAACUGCGGUCGGAUAUCGAUACCGGCCACCGUCGAGCAGGUCAGGGGGCAGACGGAACUGAGAGUGUCUAGCUUCCCGCAUAUCGCCGGCAUUGUCGUCGUCAAUACCAGGAGCCUGACGAUCAAGAGCUCCAACUCUGUAUUUUGUGGGGCGCUGUUCGGGUACGAGAAUCCUGACGGGUUGUCGAUUAAUCGUCUCAUCCCGAAUUUCGACAAGGUUCUCCACAUAUUGACCGAAGAGGAGGGCGUGAACCUUAGCGAGGGAAUUGUGAUACCUGAGCAUAGUUUUAGGAAAGCUUCGGCAUUCCUUGCGCUUAAAGAGGGCGUUGCUGACGCCACCACGAGUUUCCUUCGACCAGAAGGACUUCCGGCUAGGCACCGGGACGGGUCAGAGCUUAAGAUUGACGUGCAGAUGAGAGUGGUGCACAGCGAGAAGCAACUCGUGCUGCAAGAAGAGUCGACAGCGGAGGCGAGCGAAGGCGAAUCGCACACUGCGGAGGACGGUGAUACUUUUACCCUGGCCACGUCAGAGAUGGUUUAUGCCCUCUGGAUUACAUAUUCGAGGCACUUGCACGCCACCAGAAACAACCUAGGAGCAGCAUCUCCCCUCCUCUCCGGCACUGGCACUCCCCUGCAUCAGCCUUCCCCAGGACAGACCACAGCCGGCACGCCGCAGGAGAUAAGCUCUGAUUCCGAAGAGAACAGAAAGGAGCCGUCAACGGCCUCCAUGUUGACCAAGCAGCUGAAGGAGGCCGCUCUUACGGCAGCGGCGAGAAUCACGGGCUCCCAGAAGCCCCAGGCGGUGGGAAAUGCACAGCCUGUUCCAGGCACGACUACGGUUGAGUCACCGCCGCCGCCGAAGAAAACCAUUGACGACUUUGUUAUUCUCGAGGAGAUGGGCCAAGGCGCUUAUGGCCAGGUUAAGCUCGCCCGCUAUAAAAACAGCGCGAAGAGGUGCGUCCUGAAAUACGUCACAAAGAAGCGCAUUCUCGUGGAUACCUGGACCAGGGACAGGAAGCUGGGGACUGUCCCCCUCGAGAUCCAUGUGCUGGACUACCUCAGGAGAGACGGGCUGCGACAUCCCAAUAUCGUGGAGAUGGAGGACUUCUUUGAGGACGACACCAACUACUAUGUGGAGAUGGUCCCCCAUGGCCUACCAGGCAUGGACCUCUUCGACUACAUCGAGCUCCGCACCAAUAUGGAGGAGCAGGAAUGCCGCAGCAUCUUCGUCCAGGUGGCUCGGGCCAUCCACCAUCUCCACACUAAAGCCCACGUGGUCCACCGCGACAUCAAGGACGAGAACGUCAUAUUAGACGGAGACGGCAACAUCAAGCUGAUCGACUUUGGAAGCGCCGCAUACCUCAAGAGCGGGCCGUUCGACGUCUUCGUAGGCACCAUUGAUUACGCUGCCCCAGAAGUCCUGGCGGGUAGACCGUACGGUGGCAAGGAGCAGGACGUGUGGGCACUCGGCAUCCUGCUCUACACCAUCAUCUACAAGGAGAACCCCUUCUAUAGCAUAGACGAGAUCAUGGACCGAGACCUGCGGGUCCCGUACACGAUCAGCGACGAGAGCAUCGAUCUGAUCCGGUGCAUGCUGAACCGCGACAUAUCGCAGCGGUACAAUAUCGACCAGGUCUUGGCACACCCGUGGUGCGAGGUGGACUGA